CACCAAUCGCAGUAAGAGUUUUUAAUUUUAACUCUGCGAGUUAGAAGUAGAGAACGUCUAUAAUCAAUUCUACCGGCGAGGUGACCCGGCUGACCGCUAACUACCUGCCUGGUGAUCGCUACUUGCAAUACUUGAUAGUUGUUUCAAUAUAGGCAAAGGCUACAUAUCAAUCAUGGGUCGUAAAUUUGUCGUUGGUGGUAAUUGGAAGAUGAACGGUGAUAAGAACCAAAUCAAUGAAAUCGUCAACACCUUGAAGAAGGGUCCUUUAGACCCUAAUGCUGAGGUGAUUGUGGGUGUGCCAGCAAUCUACUUGGCCUAUGUCAAGGGCAUCAUUCCUGACAACAUCUCGGUGGCUGCCCAAAACUGCUGGAAGGUGCCUAAGGGAGCUUUCACUGGUGAAAUCUCCCCGGCUAUGAUCAAGGACAUUGGUGCGAAUUGGGUGAUCCUGGGCCACUCUGAGCGCAGAACCAUCUUCGGUGAAAAAGACGACCUAGUUGCUGAGAAGGUGGCCCACGCCCUUGAAUCAGGUUUGAAGGUCAUCGCCUGCAUCGGUGAGACCCUUGAAGAGAGAGAGGCUGGUAAAACGGAAGAGGUGGUUUUCAGGCAGACACAAGCCUUGGUACCAGCUAUUGGGAACAAUUGGGACAAGGUGGUCCUGGCAUAUGAGCCUGUCUGGGCUAUAGGAACUGGCAAGACUGCCUCCCCUGCUCAGGCUCAAGAGGUCCACGCGUCUCUCCGCAACUGGAUUUCCAAGAACGUUUCUGCUGAUGUAGCGCAGGCUGUGCGCAUCCAAUACGGCGGGUCUGUGACUGGCGCGAAUGCUAAGGAAUUGGCCGCUUGUGCUGACAUCGAUGGGUUCCUCGUUGGAGGCGCCAGCCUGAAGCCCGAGUUUGUGGAUAUUGUGAACGCCACUAAAUGAGUGUGUACCUUCCAGAUCUUCCCCCCUUGUUUGAUGUAAUGUGGUUAUGACGCAAUGCGAAGUUUGUAGCCAUCGGCGAAUUUUUUUAUAGGGCAACAUCUUUGGGCGCGUAUUUUUGAAGUAUUUACCUACAUAUACAAUUUUUUCUAAAUUCAUAUUUGAACAAAAAUUUUUAAAGGAAAAUUUUGGCCAUGUCACCAUCAAAGCGAUUUAUACAAACUUCCAUUGCUUUCGUGACCACAUACAAGGGAGGAUCCCGUUCGUACGCAGUUAUUUCGUUCUCGAAAAUCAGUGUACCCGAGAGAUUAGAGAAGAAAUACUCAGUGAUAUGAAUGGGCAGCGACUGUGUCGUAUGGACUGAUUCUACAAGUCAAAGUGACAUGCAUAAUCUCGUGAAAAACAUAAGUGUCUAUUUAACCACCAACAAUAUUUAGUACUGGCAAUACAUGCAUACAUACAGAAAGUAUGAAAUCUUCUUAUUGCAUUUAGAAUUUAAACAAAAAAUUUACAUCUUCAUUUUAUCAGUACUAAAUGUUGUUAUCAUGUAAUCAUGUAUUGGAACUUAACAUAAGUGUAUUUCUACGCACAAUUAUGAUUUGAUUUGUUUUAUCGGUCAGUUUGCGUUUGUUUGUCGUAUGUUGAUAUUUUUUCGACUGUUAUUUUUAUCGGCUCGUCUGAUAAAUCGUUAAGAUUAAGUUAAUUUACAUUUGUUUAAAAUGUGCGUAUAUUUAAAUAAAAGUCUAUGUCGUAUAAA